GGACGCCGAAAGCCACGGCAUGACAUUGUGUAUCAUCAUCCACAACAACAUCGGCCCUCGGCUUCAAAACUGGAUGAUACGUUUAGUAUCAGUGCCAGCCAUUACUCCCCCGGGAAUGGAACCGGGAAUAACUUACAAACGCCUCACCAUGCGACGGGACUGCCUCUGCAAGUAACUAGUGCGCCAGGUCCGAUGAACACGCCUGAUAGUAGCAAUAUCUCGUUACAACGGAGUAGCCGUCCCGGCCUUGUAGGUGUCCCAUGGCCGGCAAUCCUAUCGCCGAAUGACACCAGUUCAGAUCGCUUAGAACCACCAGAGAGGUCAUGGGACGAAGAUGACCGUUGUGCUCGAUUGUAUUACGAACACUUUCAUGUUGCACAUCCGAUAUUAGUCCCCAGCACGUUAUACAAGGAUCGCGACUACCCUCCCUAUCUUCAACUGGUCGUGGAAUUCGUCGGGUCUCAUUACUUGCCAUCCGGGCCCCGCCAGCUGCUGAAGGACAAGGUAGAUGCUGCGCUGGAAUCCAAUCUGGACCGCUCGCCGUGCCUGGUCCAGGCUUGGUUGAUCUACUCCAUUGCUCUGUAUGCCCGCGGCGAGCGACAAAAGGCCCAGGAAGCGUUCUCACAAAGUGCGGAGAUCGCCUUUGAGCUGGAUAUGCAUCGGGGUGAUUUCGCAUCAUCGGCCCACCCCGAGAGAUCUGUUGAAGCCGAGAGCAUGAGAAGAACGUGGUGGGAGCUAUACAUCACGGAUAUAUUCAUGGCCGUUCCGCUUAAAACGAUCACCUUUCGAUGUACUACAGUCGCUCCGGAGGUCGGCUUGCCUUGCGAUGAAUCCGCAUACACAGGAUGUGGAGAGAUCCCGUCGCCGCGCAAGAUGCUGGAUUUCAAACGCAGGGUGUUUGCGGCCCAAGAAAUGGCCUUUUCAUCCUUCAGCUACCGCAUCGAGGCAGCAACGAUCCUGUGUCGCGUUCUAGUCUUGAAUCGCCUGCGGGAUUAUCAUCGCGACCAUCUCCAGGCCAUUGAAAAUGCUCUCGUCAGCUGGGUCAACCACCUACCCUCCCGCAAACUAGAUAUUGUGGAUUCCUACGGUAAUGUGGAUGAGAUGAUCUUCCAAGCCCAUCUGAUCAUUGCGUAUGCCACCAUGUUGCUGCAUCUACCGCGCAGUGAUCUUCGGCCGCUCCUCACACAGCACGACGACUGCUUUUGGCCGUCUGCACCCUGUCACCUCUCGUCUACCUUUCCGCGCUUAGUGCAUAGUAUCAAGGCGACUGAGGCCUCUCGGCGUGUCUCCGACUCCAUUUCCAUUUGUCCCAACAUCCAAAAGCACACGCCUUUCGUCAUCCCGGCGUUGGCUCUAUGUGGUAUGAUCCAGCUCGCAACUUCCAUAAAUCACUCUGAAGAGUGUUUUGAUCACCAUUGCAAUCGCGUUACCCUCAUUCUCGGAUGCCUGAAAAGUACAAAGCGAACCUGGGGCUCCGCGGAAUGUGCCUAUGACUGUGUCCGAUCCACGGCAGCUGACAUUCUUUCUGAUUCGAUCGAGAAAUGGAAUGCUGAACCCCUGAAGUCGAUCCCGACAUCUCAAGAUUCGAACAAUGUGGAGCGUACCAGCCAUAAUGCACCUCCCGCUGUAACCGUUGCGGAAGGACAAGGUUUGAUGAUACCGGAACUGGCUCCGGGGUUCAUCGAUCCAACCUGCUACAAUGCCUCAUUCUUCAACUGUCUGGCGGAUUUUGAUCUCAGCUAGACCUGAUUCAUUCGAGUCGAGGACUACCUGGUUAUUGUAUGGAAGGCAAAGUCUUUACGCUACUGAGUUCCGUCUAUGUUUGCCUCUGCUCAGCCGCAAAGAGCAUUGCAUCUGGACCAACAUGUGUAGAAAAACAGUCCCCUCAGAAGUUCCAGUUGAAAUACACAACUUGGGGUGUGGAUUAACUGCUAUUUCGCCAUUUACCAAAGUGCUUUGCUCAGCGGCAUGCGAGUAUCCAAGUCCCUAGACAGAAAUUAACUCGCGAAGUAACAAGUGUCGCGCAAAUACGAUACACGAAUGCUCAUUCUCAUGUUAUGGAAGCAUAAAACCUUCCACAAUGCUAUCCAAUUGUUACCAAGGUAGUCAUGGUGCACUACUUUUAUAUACCAAGUUUCAUCGCUCCUUCUAACGAGCCAUUUGCUCAUGUCUAACCUACAUACUCUACGGAAGAGGAAUGUCAGAAUGAAAAAGCAGUCUCAAUAAACACGUUUAUCAUCGAAUUUCACGUUCUAUAAAUAGCAUAAUCUAUCAGAAACAUUUCUCCAGCGAUUGUGAAAAAAAAAAAAAAAAAA